AUGAAUGAGAAAAAUCAAAGCCAAGUAGCACAGUUUAUCUUCUCAGGAUUCACAAAUUAUCCAAAAUUACAAGUAGUUCUGUUUGCCAUGUUCUUGAUUAUUUAUAUCAUCACACUGAGUGCAAAUCUAGGGAUGAUCCUGUUGAUCAAGAUGGAUCCCCAGCUACAUACUCCAAUGUACUUCUUCCUCAGCCAUUUGGCCUUCCUGGAUGCCAGCUAUUCUUCCACUGUUACCCCUAAAGCAAUAGCAGACUUUUUUCCCAAAAAGAAAACCAUUUCUUUCAUUGGGUGUGCUAUUCAGUUUUAUAUGUUUGAUGGUUUGGUGAUGACUGAAUUAUUCUUACUAUCUGUCAUGGCAUAUGACCGGUAUGUAGCCAUCUGCAACCCACUGCUUUAUUCUGUUGUUAUGUCGAAGAGGUUGUGCACAGUAUUAGUGACUAGUGUGUAUGUCUAUGGCUUUGUGAGCUCAGUGGUUCAAACAGCAUUAACUUUUACGCUAUCUUUCUGUCAAUCAAAUGUGAUCAAUCAUUUUUAUUGCAAUGACCCCCCACUGUUAGCUUUGUCCUGCUCUGACACUCGACCUAAAGAAUACAUGGUUGGACAAAAUCAGACCCAGGUGACUGGAUUCACUUUUUCAGGAUUCACAGAUCAUCCAGAAUUGCAGGUUGUUCUCUUCAAUGUAUUCUUGGUGAUUUAUAUCAUCACACUGAGUGCAAAUCUAGGGAUGAUCCUGUUGAUCAAGAUGGAUCCUCAGCUACAAACUCCAAUGUACUUCUUCCUCAGCCAUCUGGCCUUCCUGGAUGCCAGCUAUUCUACCUCUGUUACACCCAAGGCAAUGGCAGAUUUUUUAGCUGAGAAGAAAAGCAUUUCAUGGACUGGAUGUGUUAUACAAUUUUUUAUGUUUGUUGCAUUGGUGACCACUGAAUUGUUCUUGCUAUCAGUCAUGGCUUAUGAUCGAUAUGUGGCCAUUUGCCAUCCAUUGCUUUAUUCCACAAUUAUGUCCAAGAAAUCCUGUGUUUCCUUGGUGGUUGGCAUCUAUGGAUAUGGAUUUGUGAACUCCAUGAUCCAAACAUCAUUAACAUUCCAAUUAUCCUUCUGUGGUCCAAAUUUAAUUAACCACUUUUACUGCAAUGACCCACCACUUCUAGCUUUAUCCUGCUCUGACACUCGGCCAAAAGAAAUCCAGCUUUUUGCCUUGAGUGCUAUCAAUUUAACUGGGUCCCUCUUCACAGUCAUCAUCUCCUAUAUCUAUAUUCUGAAUGCCAUCUUUGGAAAACAUUCUACUAGCAGAAGGCACAAAGCUUUCUCUACCUGUGCCUCCCACCUGAUUGCUAUUGUGAUUUUCUAUGGAACCCUCUUCUUCAUGUAUGUGCAACCAAGCUCUUCUCAUUAUCUGAAUUAUGACAAAGUAAUUUCUGUGUUUUAUGCUGUUGUGAUCCCCAUGCUGAACCCCCUUAUCUAUGUUUUGAGAAACAAAGAAGUUAAAGGAGCCUUGAGAAGAAUGAAGGUUAAGAAAUUGUUUUCGUAG